GCGGCUGAAGGUUGGUGGUCACGGAACGUGAGGAGCCAACAUAUUUUUUCUCUCGCAUGGAUAGCUAUUUCCUCUCUCCCCUUUGUCCGCAACUUCCGUUUGUUCUUCGAAGGUGAGAUGGAGGGUGGCAUUGGUAAUACCACAAGUCUAGGCAAUGAUGGCGAGUUUUGCACGAGCAGCUUAUACAAUCAAAUUUCUUUUUUACUGACACUUUUGAAAGUCUAUAUCGGCAUGUUUGCCCGAUAUAAAAAGGCCAUUGCAAAUCUCUUACUCUUCAGUUGCAAACCGUGCAGUUGCAAAUACCAACCUCUAAAGCAAUCUUUAUCAAAAUGCCCUUAUUCUCCAACGUUAUGUGGACCUUGUUGUUGGUAGCUGCUUUGGUUUUCCCAUCAUCCGACGCGCAUAAAAAAGGAAGAGGAGACGGCGGGAGGGGAGGCAAUUACGGUGGAUAUGGCGGCCAACAAAGUAUGGGCUACGGCGGUGGCCACGCUAUACCUAACAGUCCGGGAAACGGCGGCUAUUCAUCGCCCGCUAGGGGAGUAUAUGGAGACCCCAUGUCUCCAAUGAAAGAAGGAUACCAUAGCAGUCACACAGCACCCGUGAGCGGAGGGUAUGGGGGUCAAAUUGCGCCGAUGGGUGGAGGGUACGGUGGUCAUGCAUCAUCCGUGGGUGGAGGACACUUCAGUAGUCACGCCGCCCCCGUUAGCGGUGGGUAUGGUGGAGGAUACGGAAGUCAUCCUUCUCCUGUGCGCGGAGGGUACGGCAGUAGUCAAGUGGUCCGUCGGCCCAAGAGUGGAGGCUACAGCAACAAUCACGAUGCACCUGUGAACGGAGGAUAUGGUGGUCAUGCUGCGUCGAUAAGCGGAGGAUUCGGUGGUCAUUCUACGCCAGCAAGAAAAGGACAUGUUGGUCACGUAGCUAAAACGAACAGAGGAUACGGUGGUCAUGCUUUGCCAAUCAGCGGAGGAUAUGGGGGUCAUGCUGCUCCGAUGAACGGAGGAUAUGGAGGUCACGAAGCAUCGGCAGGCAAAGGUUACGGUGGCCACGGAUCGCAUAUGGGUAGGGGAUAUGGAGGUCAUUCUGCACCGAUGAGGGGAGCUUAUGGAAGUCACUCUGCUGGAAAAGGCUACGGUCGUUAAGAAAGUUAGGACAGAUAUUCAAUGGCAUCUUAAUAUCUGCAUUCGGCCCACUCCAAUCGAAUUAGCCAUAUGGCAAUUAGACACAACCUGCAAAGAAAUGUUUGCCCCUUGUUCCAAUGAAACGAAUUCCGUAAAAUACACGAUUUUUCAUAAAA